AUGCUUGGCCGUGCUUGGUUGUGCUUGGUGGCUUUGUUUCUCGCGCUGCAGGUACCUUGGCCGACCUAUGGGCCAACUUUGCCGGCCUCGGUCAGCCAUGCUGUACAUGGACCAGCUGUGUUCGCGCUUGCCACCCUCUUGGGUUUGCUGACUCUGAUCCUGGCCGUUCAGGUCCUUCGAGUCUGGCUCUAUAACCACGUCAAGCUCUCCUGCUUCAACAUUUGCCUGACAUCAUCCUUGCUCUGGAGUAUCCUGCGUACUGCGCUUCUCAUCACUUAUGCCAUCCGCCACCACGUUGCCGCCCAUCUUGAUUUUGUCGUCUACGUGGUUCUCUUCGUCCUGCCCUCGUGCUUGCAAUUUUUGACCUUUUCGGCUGUCAACCUACAUUACGUAUCGGUUGUGACCCACGCCUCUGCCGGUCAAAGAGAUCAUCGUUGGUUCUUCUUCAUCUCGCGCACUCUGUUCUUUUUGGCAAAUUUUGGCUUUGCCUGCACCAACAUACUCUGUGCGGCUCUGAUGGAACAAAGUGCUGCCGAGCAUGACGACGCCUCUCUCAACGCUCAAAUGCAAACUCGCGUUUACUUUACCGAGCUCUUCAUGGUGGCCAAUAGCUUCAUGCUGAUCACAGUGGCCUUCAAGCUUGGCUCGCGUGGACCCCUACUGGAGGGCCCGCGCAUCACCAGAAAAAUGAUCGGCUUGGCCGCCAUCAUCGCCCCGCUCUUUGUGAGCCGCAGCAUCUACAACAUCGUCUCCAUCAACACCGCCAAGUCGCACAUCUGGGGCUACCGUUGGACCUUCCUAUCCGAUCAUGCCGACCGACAAGCCGAUGAUGGAUGGGCCUUUCUUGCUUUCGUGCUUGCUCUUCUGGUCUGGGAAUUUUUCCCAGUGGUCGUUGUCACCUUGUUUUUUUGGGUGCGGGUUCCAACUGCGGAUACCGAGAACAAGCCUUUGUUACGCGGCCGAGUUUCAUUUCGCCAAUCCGAGUCUUCCCUCGAGGAUGAUGACGAUUUUGCCAUCAACCUAGCACAUGCAGAUUGGGCGCGCUAGCAUGCAUUGAAACUGUUCUUCAAACCUGCUCCUCUCGUUUGUCAACUGCUCUGGAACACCGUCUUUUCCUCUGCGAGGAAGCGUUUUCGUGGCUUUUAAUUUCGUGGUCUGGUUCAUUGGUGUCUUUUUGUCUCGUGGCCCAGCAACCCAUCAAGCUACGUAUAGCCAAGGCUGGCCAAAAUAUUCAGACUCGCCGCCGUGUUCACAUGUCAAUCGAUUAUAGCAGACU